CAAUUUCGAGCAACCCGUCCGACUGUGUUUUGGUUGCAGGAUCAUCUUUGCUAAUUAGGUUGCGCUCGUUCAGCAAUGUCAAUUAGCAGCGUGACAAACAACCGCAGGGGCUAUUGAAGGAACCACGGACGCGGCGGCUGGAGCAAUACGGUGGCCCGCGUGCCUUGUCUGGGGGGCCGCAGCGACUGGGCUGUGUCGCCACAAGCGCUGUAGCGGCGCUCGGCGCCGGCGUGCCGUCGUUUGGCCGCUUGCUGUCGCGGUCGGCGGCCCCGACGAGGCACGAGGCGCGCACGGACUCCCCGCCGGCGGCCCGCCGGCGCCGGCGGCGGGCGGCGCUACGACCGACGCGCGCGCGCGAGCGCUCGCAGCGCGCGCGCGCGUCGGCGGCGCCGGCCGCGCGCCGCGCGCCGAGAGAGCACGCCCGCGGCGCGCGCCGCGCGCCCGCGAGAGCGACCACGGACGCGUCGCGGACGCGCGCGCCCCCCGCAGAUGGCCCGCAUCGUUCUGGCCCUCGCCGCCGGCGCGGCCGCGCUGGCGCCGGGCUCGAAGCCCGCGGCGCAGACGCGGAGGGAGCUUGGCCAGGGCCUCGUGGCCGCCGUCGGCGCGCUCGGCGCGCAGGCGGCCGUCGCGUCGGCCGGCGACUCGCCCAAGUUCUCCUUCUUCGGCUUCUUCGGCAACGGCGGCACGAUGUCCGAGGGCGCGAUGUACGGCACGGACCAGACCACGCCGACGUACUCGCCCUACUCGGUGUACGGCAAGCUCGGCGACGAGAAGGCGGUGUACAAGAAGUACAACGCCAAGGAGAUCGACUUCAAGAAGAAGAUGCUCGCCGAGUCCGAGCGCCGCGUCAAGGGCGUCGACGCGGCCAUCGGCAAGAAGAACUGGGAGAGCGUGCGCCGCGACCUCGACGGCCAGGUCUACAACAUGCGCAACACGAUGAACUACCUCGCGGCGGGGCCCUCGGCCCAGCCCGGCGCCAAGGCGGCGGCGAAGCAGUUCUACCAGGACAUGGAGGCCGUCAACCUCCUCUGCAAGCGCAAGAAGCAGGCCGCCGCGCAGGACGCCUACGGCGCCAUGAUGUCCUCGCUCGACUCGUUCAACAAGCUCAUCUAGGUGGGCGGCGGAUGACGCGCGUGUAAUACUAGAUGCAGUUA